AUGCCCGACAGCCAAAAGUCCACCAUGGACAAGACCAAGGACAAGGCAUCUGGCGGCAUGGAUAGUGCAGCCGGCUCCAUGCAGCCCGACAGCAUGAAGUCGGACUCGCAGAAGGCUGGCGACAAGGGCCAGGGCAUGUUCGAGCAAACCAAGGAUGCUGUCAGCAACACUUUCUCCAGCGACAACAGUAAGUUUGUUCGGUUUGAAUCUCUAUGUAGGAGAGCGGAGGCAUGA